AAAAGCCAAAUGUAAACCGGAUGUAGUAUUUAUGUACAGACGCGUUUCCUGUUGUCACCGCCGAAUGUGACCCCCGGCUACAAGAGACACCAGCCUUCUUCUGAAGACAGCGUCCUGACUCAUAAUUUCUGAAACCAUCUAGGGUCAUCACCCUAUCCAUGUUGUAAUCCCUGAUGGGCAGCUGGUCCCGCGGUGCCGUGCUGGAGCUCUACAGGGCGCUGCUCCGUGCAGGGCGUCAUCUUCAGUACAGCGACCGGAACUACUAUCGCCGGGCUGUGGCUCGUGAGUUUCGGCGCUGCCAGGCCCUGACUGUACCUGAAGAUAAGGAGGAAGCGCUGAAGAGGGGCCAGUUCUUUCUCAGCAGCAGGCUAGGUGGGCUCAUGUAGGGUCGGGUAAGGGAACUUCUGGAGGUGGGUUAUAGAGGUCAUCGGGAGCUGCAACUCUCAGGCUUUGUCUGUUUUCAGAGGCAGGAUGGCUGGGAUGAAUGGGGACCGAAAAGGGAAAAAGGAUGACAACGGGAUCGGAACUGCUAUAGAUUUCAUGCUUUCCAAUGCCAAGCUCGUGCUGGGGGUGGGCGGGGCAGCCAUGCUUGGCAUUGCAACACUAGCUGUCAAAAGAAUGUAUGAUCGGACCAUAAGUGCCCCUACCAGCCCCACCAAGAUGCAGCAGACUGGAAAGAGAAGCUGGGAAGAGCCUGCGUGGAUGGGCUCGUCACCACGAGUACUCAACCAUGACAUGAAGUCCACAGUUAGCAGGUCCCUCCAGUCGCUGCCCACGUCCUCACGUUCUUUUGAACCAGACUGCCUGCGAAGAGCUGCAGGUCGCUCUGCAUGUGGUGCCACCCAGUCCAGCCUGAUGCGGGCCAGGAUGCGUCUCUCCCUGCAGGAACGUCUGUGGGAGUUCUACCAAACCAGGGUCAACAUCCCUGCUGAGGAGCAGGCCAUGGCCCGAAGGGCGGCGCUGGACAUCUGUGCAGAGCUCCGAGUCUUUCUUCAUGCCAAGCUGCCUGACAUGCCGCUCAGAGAGAUGUACCUCAGCGGCAGUUUGUAUGAUGACCUUCAGGUGGUGACUGCUGACCAUGCCCAGUUGAUGGUGCCUCUCAUCUUGGAAAAGAAUCUGUGGUCAUCCAUCCCAGGGGAGGACACUAUCAUGAACGUCCCAGGUUUCUGGCUUGUCCGCAGGGAGAACUUGGAGUACUUCCCACGAAGCAGCAGCUACUGGGACCGCUGCAUGGUCGGCGGCUACCUCUCCCCCAAAUCGGUCCUUGAGGUCUUUGAAAAGCUUGUGGCCGGUUCCAUUAACUGGCCAGCUAUAGGGAGCGUGCUCGACUACGUCAUCCAUCCUGUGGUUCCCUCUGAGACGCUGACCCUUGAGGUCCAGUACGAGACGGACCGGAAGCUAUACGUGGACUUCUUGCCACUGUUGGUGAUGGAGGACGGAACCUCACUGAUUGCCAAACCGCACCGGCUCUCUGCCGAGCGCAACGAGAACCUGUGGCGGCAGAGCUUCCGUGUAGCCGAAACGGCGCGGCUCAGGGCGCUGGAUCAGGAGGACGGGGGCUGCCGGUGCACCUGCCUUAAGGUGGCGAAGGCUGUGUGCAAGCUCAGCCCCGCCCUCCACCGGCUUAACUCCAGCCAGCUCACCAACACCAUCCUGCUGCUGAGUGAGAAGGAAGGCGACUGGACACAAGAAGCUCUGGCCGAUCGCUUCCUCCAGCUGCUGCGAUCGCUGGUGGGACACCUAGAGGCCGGGAGGCUGUCGUGCGCCCUCAGUCCUAAAGUUAACUUAUUCUGCGAGCUGACUGAACAGGAAGUAGAUGAGCUGGGGUAUACUCUCUACUGCGCCCUUUCGGAUCCUGAGGGGCUGCUGAGAACUGAAGUGGAGCAGCUGUAAACAUCCCAAACAAGCAACAAAUAAAAUGCCAACCUCAAUUUUUGUUUUUGGGUCAAAUAUUUUUCAGUCGCAAAAAAUCCUGCAUGGAAUAAUCACCUCUUUUUGUUCUUAUUACCUCUAAAAUCACCAGUGAGAAACCAUGACACAGUAGCAGUUCCAGUGUUAGGGCUGUUGAUAUGAUAGCUGUGUCUUCUGUUGUCCAAAUAUUCUCAGCUCAGUGGAGCGAGUCUCCUUAAAGUCAUCGUAUUAAUGAAGUUUAGAGUGUAUCAUGGUGGAUGGACCUCUGACGUCUUUACCAUCAUUUCAUUAUAAAGAGGAAGGCACGAAGUCAGCUAGAUUUUACCUCCACAUUGAGAUAGAGAUGUAUUUAAUGCAGUUCAGAGUUACUACGCCUACUGUGCUCAGUGUGUUUU